UUCUACAUUCCACCAAAGUGGGAAGGACAGCUAAAAAACAGGAGACUGCAAUUUAGGAAGGAGAUAAGAUGUCCUCUUCGACUAGUGAGGAGCAACUUGAAGGCUCUGUUGAAGGCCGUGGCUCUUCGACGCUUUCUCCUGCCCGACUUGUCGGCGACCAAGUGACAGAGCUAACAAAACAUACUAUCCUGCAUGCAGCCAUGAUACUAGCUCCACGUAGCAGUGUAAAGCUACCCUCUGGAUCUCACCGUAUAGAGCAGUUUUGUCAGGAAUUACUCACUGCAUUGAAUACACACAAGAAACCUGUUACUAAAAAGAAGAAGCAGCCAGUAGCAAGCUUACCAGUCACAGAACUUGUGCCGAGUCUCGAGGUACUCAAUUUCUACGAGGGCGUGUCUUCGUUUGAGGAAUUCACGGCAGUCGUUUGUCAGAGUAUCAUAACGCUGAUGGAUACUGAGUUCGAUCAGUCAAAAUUACAGUCGCUCUGUUGGGAGUAUUACUCUGAAUACUUUAAGGCCGAAAUUGCUUACCCUAAAUGGUUCUCCCAGACAGACCUCUAUAACUUAUGGCUCAUAUUCUGCUCCCAUCUCUCCACCCUUAGCACUCUCCUUGAUCCUGAUAUACUCAACGAUAUCUUGAGAAUGUUUGUCGCCAAGGCCGGGUUCACCUGGAACGAGUCCUUCCAGCAGGGAAACCACACUAACCUCGACUUCAUCAAGUUUCUCAGCACGCUGGUCGACUGCUUCUCAAGCAUUUAUGUAGACUCUCGUGUAAUAUCUGAGAUCAUUGUUGAUAUGAAGGAUGAAGUGGUCAAUGGCGUACUUAGGAAAGGCUACCUGUUCAAGAAAGGUCACCAGGUCAAGAACUGGAAGAGAAGGUUCUUUAUUUUGACGAGAAACUCACUCACGUACUACGAAUCAAGAGAAAAGAUGAUUGUGAAAGGUAGUCUGGCAAUAAAUGAAAGUACCCACACUGAAGUUUUAGAAGAAAAAGGAGAGAAGAGACACAAGUUCCUAGUCACGUGUGGCUCAUCUGGUACCGAGUACAUAAUGUGUGCCGAUGACAGCAAGACGAGGAACGAAUGGCUACUUGACAUAGCAAAAGCAAUUCAGUUAGAGAAAGCAUUCGUCCGUAGCACAGAGUCAGAGAUUAAUAACUCCAUAGCAACAUUCUAUCAAUUAAAGUACGGAACUUCAGAGCCAAACCUCUCCAGAUUGGACAGCACAAUACGUCACGCCACCAUGAGCAGCUCCUCAAGAACUCACCUCAGAAUAAAGAAGAUAUCGGAAGCAGGGAUAGCAGGGAAUGAGGACUCAUUGCUAAGAGGUAGAGACUCUGAGACAAACUUAAGCUCCAGCUCUAAUCCUCGUCUACUUGAAGAGGGAGGAGAGAGCCCUGGCUUGAGCGGAAAAGAUGGCGAUGAUUUUUACGAAGAGAUGAGUGGUGUAGGUGGCGGAAUUGAAGAAGCAGCUGAAGACAGUGAUUUAGACGAUGGGGCAUACACUUUCAUGUUCCAUGGUAGCCCGGGAAAGACUGCGGCUGCCUCAAGUAAAGAAAAUGAGAAAGAAAUCCUCCAGUCGGAUGCAAUGAAGAGAGCUAUACAGUUAUCACUGAGUGUGACUAGUAUGGAGACGUCACCGGUGAAAUCACCUCAUAAAGAAGCCAUUACCAUUGGCAAUGUGAAGGAGCAAACUGUCAUUAAUGAAGAAAAUGAGGAAGAAGACAACGGUAGCAGUGCUGCUGUGUAUCAAAGAGAUCCUACAGUUUAUGUGGACCUAGAAGCUAAUGGUAUCACUUCUAGUGGAAAAAGUAUGGAAGAGAGUAGUGAUUCACAUUUGGAAUGGGUAGAACCUCCAGUACCUUCAAGGCGUCACAAAAACCUCGGCCAAGCCACAUCGCUCCCUCCUCUCUCUACCACAAACUCAGUCAGAAAAGAGAGCGAUGAGGUAUACUUACCAAUACUGCCCAACAUGAGUCCUCAGCAAAGAUUACCUCCACCAGUAUCACCAAGGAAAAGUCUUGCGUUAAUAGACAAGGUCACCACACCCCCAACCACACCCAGCAGAACAGACGAUAGUGACAUAUAUUAUAUACUACCUCCAACUGUACCUCCCCACAGAACUAAAGGCAAUAACUGAGUGAUGAAUUAUAAUUAUUUCUUGUAUUGCACAAUACAAUUCAUAAAACCAAUUUUUGUUUCUGUUUAUUAUUAUUAUUAUUAUUAUUAUUAUUAUGAAAAUUAAUU